AUGUCUGCAUUUGUUCUGAAUAUGUCUAAAGGAAGUUUGAAUGAUGUCUUACUGAAUGAGGAUAUUCCACUCAAUUGGGGUUUCAGAUUUUCAUUUUGUGGCGAUAUUUCAAGAGCAAUGGUUUACCUCCACCAGCACAAACUUUACCAUGGCAGACUGAAGUCGAACAACUGUAUCAUUGAUGAUAGAUGGGUAGUCAAAGUGUCAGACUAUGGAUUGAGAAAUAUCCGUAAAGAAGAAUUUGGUGAUGAUGAAUAUGAAGAGACUUACCAGAAACAAAUGGCAAGAGUCUAUCUACCACCUGAAGCAUUAGACGAUCCAAAGAAUAUAUAUCUACCUACAACCGAUUUGAUUAAAGCAUGUUGGAAUGAAGACCCAAAUGAAAGACCAACAUUUUCAAAUAUCAAACAAAGCCUUCAUCGUAUCAAUCCAAAUAAGGCAAGUCCUGUGGAUAUGAUGAUGCAGCUGAUGGAAAAAUACUCCAAACAUUUAGAAGUACUUGUUGCAGAAAGAACACAGGAUUUAGUGUUAGAGAAACAGAAAACAGACAGGCUCUUAUACAGUAUGCUUCCAAAGGCAGUAGCAGAUCAACUACGACAGGGGAUGUCUGCUGCAGCUGAAAACUUUGAUGAGUGUACUAUUUUCUUCAGUGACAUUGUUGGUUUUACUUCUAUAUCUGGAUCAAGUACACCAUAUGAAGUAGUGGCAUUAUUAAAUAAACUCUAUGUUGCAUUUGAUUCAAUUAUUGAUAGCUAUGAUGUUUAUAAAGUAGAAACAAUUGGAGAUGCAUAUAUGGUUGUGUCUGGGGUACCUAAACGUAAUGGUUACAUACAUGCCUCUGAAAUUGCCAGUAUGGCUUUAGAUUUAGUCAAAGUCUGUGAAACGUUUGUCAUUCCACAUAAACCAGAUGAAAAACUUCAAAUACGAGCAGGAAUACACUCAGGCUCUGUGGUGGCUGGUGUGGUGGGACUUAAGAUGCCCAGAUAUUGUCUGUUUGGUGAUACCGUAAAUACAGCAUCAAGAAUGGAAUCGACAGGAGAAGCUCUGAAGAUCCAAGCGAGUGAUCCAUGCGUGACUUGUCUGAAACAGAUUGGAUCAUUCAAAGUAGAGUGUAGAGGAGAUAUGCAAAUCAAGGGUAAAGGUAUAAUGCGUACAUGGUGGGUGAAGGAUAAAGACCCUAAUAUCAAACCGGAGAGUAAAAUUGAAGGCUAUCUAGAUAUCAACCAGAUUGUCAGGGAUGAUAAAGACAAUAAUGUGAAGAAACUGUCACUUGAGGAAAGAAGUGACGAUCUCAGUUGCCAGAAUAUUUCACUACCAGGUUCCAUAGAAGAAAAAGAAACAAAUGAAGGACCAGAGAUGGGUGGGUUCAAGCAGUAUGAUAAACCAGCAAACCUGUUUUUACCACCCCUAGAUAACGGAGGUCUGAAUAUUCCAUUGGAUAGCGAUGUAACAGAACACACCAGAGUGCCUUCACCAACUGACAACACUGUGCCAGUCAACAUAUCACAUGUGGUUACAUCAUCAAAUUUGAACAGAGCAUCCCUGCCACCAGUUGAAACAAUUACAAUGAAUGGAGCAGUGCCGCCUUCAGUUGAAACAAUUGCUGACAUAGCAAGUCCAAUGGAGAAUACAGAAAAAGCGAAAAAGAAACAUAAAAAGAAAAAGAAGCACAAGGAAAAGAAAAGAAAAGAAGAAAAAGAAACAGUUCAAAAUUAUUUGGGCAGCGGGACGCUAAAGGAUAACGGUGACGUUAAGAACGGACAAGUUAGUGUUGUGUUUAAUGAAAGCACGCAGAAAUUUGGAAGUGCUGAACCCUUAAUAGGAAAUGAUUUAGAAAGUAAAGUUUGAAUCAAAAUCACUGCAAAUAUUGACCCUGCCCUGUGCUUGCCAAUAGGUGUAUACCCAUUGCAUAAUAAUUAUUUUUUAAAUUGUGAUAAAAAAUUUUAUUUGCAUUCCAAGAACCUUUUUAAAUCAUUACAUGUUGGUACAUUCAGGAAAUUAUUCAAAAACAGUUUAACACUGCGAAAAAAGUGAAUGUGUGACUUUUAGGGCUUGUAAAUAAUGCUCAUUUUAAAUUCAUAUA